AUGUCGGACGCCGCCACUGCUGCGCAAACUGCGCCGGCCGCGCAAAAGUCGGAUGACGCGAAGGAAGCCGGUUCCAAGUCGCCGGCAAGCCCGGUUGCGACAGCUGAUGGGAAGCCUGAUGCCGCUGGCGCGAGCGACGACAAGACCGACGCGACUCCUGCCGACGAUGCCGACAACAAGUCCACCCAAGGCAAGUACAAAUUACUUUAUAACGAGUCGAGCGACAAGACCGAACAAGAAAAGGGAGACGUCGAGAUGAAGGACGCGGCUGAGGAUGCUAAAGAGUCGGGCGAUGAUGAUGGCGCCACCACCGUCGCAGAGAAGGUCACAGAGGUCGUCGCCGACGUGGCUGACAAGAUCGCAAAGGCGCCAGGUGCGGUUGCCGACGCCGUUGCCGAGGUCGCGGACAAGGUCACGCAGGCGCCGUCAACGCCUGCGGCCGACAAGAGUGGCAGCAGCAAAUCGCGCAGGAAGUCGAACGCGACAGCCGGAGAAGCCAAGCGGAAGCUCAACAAAAAGGGCUCGCGGGCCCGGAUAACGCACACGGACGCCAAGCCCGGUGACUAUUUCUUCAUCAAGCUCAAGGGCUAUCCCAAGUGGCCUGGCAUCGUCUGCUCAGAGGACAUGCUACCACAGACGCUGCUCAGGACGCGCCCUGUCACGGCGAUGAAGGCCGAUGGAACAUAUCGGGACGACUAUGCGGAUGGUGGCAAGCAGAUGCACAACAGGACGUUCCCGGUGAUGUAUCUAGCCACCAACGAAUUCUCUUGGAUCCCCAACACAGACCUCGAAGAUCUCGAUACCUCAACCGUUGCCGACUUGAUAACCCCCAAGAUGCGCAAAGACCUACAGGCUGCUCACGAGCUCGCAGCCGAGAACAACGACCUCGACUACUUCAAGGAUCUUCUCAUUAAGCAUCAGGAGCAUCUGUUGGAGGAAGAGAAGGAGUUGAGGGCGGCUGAGGCGGCUGCGACGGCCAAGGCAGAGGCAAAGGCUGCGUCUUCCAAGAAGGCGGCAAAGAAGACAUCUGCUGCCAGGGAGAGCACAGACGACGAUGUAGAGAUGGCCGAUGCUGGUGAUGAUGAUGAAGUUCCGGCUCAGGAGAAGAAGACUUCCAAGAAGCGCAAGGCUGAGGAAGAGGCUGCUACUCCCCAGCGUGCAGAUUCGGUCAAAAAGCCAAAGAUAAAGCUCACCACCAGCUCUACCCCUAAGACGGCCAACGGCGCCUCCACGCCCAAAUCUGCCAAUCCCGCAUCAGAGGCGAAGCCCAAGGCGGCCAAGGCUAAGAAGCCAGCGGCGGAGAAGAAGGUCGAGAAGGCGGAGAAGGCGGAGAAGGCGGAGCCAGUGGUACCAAAAGAGCCGGAGCUCUCUCCUGAGGAGAAGCACCAACGGAAAGAGAAAGAGGUCUUGUUCCUUCGUCACAAGCUCCAAAAGGGACUCUUGACGCGUGAUCAAGAGCCCAAGGAGGCUGAGAUGAAGACCAUGUCCGAAUUCAUCACCAAGCUCGAGGGCUUCCCAGACCUCGAGGUUAGCAUCAUCCGGGCGACCAAGAUUAACAAAGUGCUCAAGGCGAUCCUCAAGCUAGAGAAUAUCCCCAAGGAGGAGGAGUUCAAGUUCAAGCCGAGAUCUCAGUCGCUCCUGGACAAGUGGAACAAACUGCUGGCCGGCGAUGGGGGUUCUGGUUCGGCCAACGGGGUCAAUGGAUCGUCCAAGAAGUCUGCUGCCGCUACCAGCGAAUCCAAGGCGGAAAAGAGUGACAAGAGCGACAAGAGCGAGACCAAGUCGGAGCCAUCAAGUGCAAAUGGAGUCAAGGAGAACGGUGACGCAGAGAAGGAGGCCACGCCAGUCAAGGCCGACGAACCAGCGACCAAGAGCGAAGAGCCAUCCGUAGCAGCAGAGAAUGACAGUGACGCAAAAGAGGAUGAUACCAAGCCUACGGAGGCCGCCGAGGCAGCUGCUUGA